ACCGCGGGUACCACAGGGCACCGACGAUGGCUUGUGCUUGGAAGCGACGUUCAAAGCGCUGCACGGAAUUGGGGGAAGUGGCUGCUUUCGUCCCGGACCUCCUUUUGGCUGAGGACUUGAGGCAUGAGACCCGCAAGGUUCAGAGCUUCCAUGGAGUGCUGCUCUUUGCGGAUGUCUCAGGCUUCACUGCUCUGACAGAGAAGUUCAGUCAGAGCACCAGCCUCGACCGGGGUGCGGAUGAGGUCACMCAAACCCUCAAUCGCUAUAUGGGUGACAUCUUGGAAGAGAUGUUGGCUUUUGGAGGGGACAUCCUGAAGUUUGCUG